AUGAAACCUGCGGCGCCAGGGUGUCCGAGUGCUAUGGAGCUACUGGUGGAGUGGAUGGAACGCCAUUACGCUGCGUACACGCAGUCCACUAAGAAAGGAGAUAAAGGGAAAAUGCUGGCUAAACUCAUGCACAAGAUUGAAAAUGUCGGCCAUCGUGGUUGUACAAUUCACGCUAUUCGAGUAAAAAUCGACAGUCUUCAAAGACAAGCAGGAGGCAGAGCUCGUCCAUCGUUGGCGUUUGAUCAAUACGGUGCCUCUCUUAGAAAAGCCUUUGCGGAGAGAGAUGUUAUUGGUGUUAUUGAACCCCGGGUGUUGUCGCCUGGUGGUCGCCAAGACGUCGAGGAGCCACACAAUAGUGAUGAAGAUAAUUUGGCAGGUGAUGAGUUUCCUGGAGAUCUUGUUUUGUCCGAAGGUAAUGCUAGCCCUGAUUAUCAAAACACUUUGACGGACAAGAUUACAACAGCACAAACAGUCGUGCCCGACAUCGAAAGUCACGACGCCGAAGAGGCGAAUACAUUCGAAGCUGGCAGCAGCCCGAGUCACGCUCCAACUUCCGCCGAUAGCGACACUGAGCAAGAGGAGGACCAACCUGUAAGGAAAAACCUUGCUGUACCCGAAAUAUCCCAUUGGCUUUCAAUGCCAACUCGAUCUCCGUCGACGAGCGAAAUAGUACGUAUAGCAACAUUGCUCCGUGAGCGACACGACCUCCAUCAACGCGGUGUGCCUCAGGAGCAGAUUGACAAGUUUCUUCCACUGCCCAAUGUGUAA